UACCCUGACUGCAUUAACUCCCGAGAAAGAAUGCUUGUGAAACACUGCCCUUUUCUGCGUAUGAAAUAAUAGACCUUUCAACUUAUUUGUCAGCAUGGGAAAUUAUAGAAAAAGGAGCAUGUAAACUUAUUGAUAUGAUGAUAUGAUGAUCCAGGUUACGCGAUGGGCGUACACAUGCGGACGCAGGGCAUUGGAGGUGUGGCAAUGGAAACAAUAGAUUUGUGGGAAAGAUGAACAUUGCGUCUCUUGCCUGGAUUGACAGAUUUCACAGAUUCAGUUCGGGGUUGCCAACUGUUCUGUGGGCUAGCUCUAAUCGAAAUGUUUGUUCGGUCCUUAAUGGAUAUAGCCUUCAUUCAGCCCUGAAAGAAAUAAAAGUUUAAGGAAAUUUGUUUACAACUUCAAAACAGCUUUCUUACAACGUAAAUUGUGGAUUCCCGGAUUAUCAUCUACUGAAGAAACAAACAAAACAGAGGAUCCUGCUCCAAACGCUGUAGUUUUCUGGAACUGAACUGAAGCGAAGUGGAGACCAGAGCGUUUAGGAAAACUUUGUUUUCGACAAAGUGUAAAAAGCCCUGGAGAGGUGUGUGUGGUGUGGUGAGGUGGGCUCUGUCUUUUUCUGGAAUGUUCCACCGAAUGCCAGACUCCCCAUAGAGAAGCGGUCUCAGUCCAGGAGAUCUGUUUAGCUCUGUAUGAGGCCUGUCACACCUCAUACAUUCUAGUGCUGUCGGCUUUGAACAGACUCUGGGACACUCACUUCCUCCCACUGGGCUCUGGUGGAAGGACACCAGAACGACAGGCAGGCCCAGACCAAGUAAUAAACACAGGGACACACACACACACAAACAGAGACACACUGACAAACAUUAACACACGGACCAGACGUACGUAGCUGUACUUGGAAGCUCCACCACCCAACAGCCAUGGCAAGUUUGUGUCCCUAUGGACGUUUCACUCACGCCGUCGUUCGAGGCAUCCCAGAAUCCUUCGGGAAGGCGGCUGACGGCAGUGGGGACGCGACCUCGACGGACCUGGCGAAGGCCCAGCGGCAGUUCGGGGUGCUGAUGGGGGCCCUGAGGCAGAAGGUGGGCCUCCAGCUGAUCGAGAUCCCCGCCGACUCGGAGCUGCCGGAGAGCUGGAGGAUCGAGGACGUGGCGGUGAUCAUGGGAGACACGGCGCUCAUCACUCGGCCCUGGAAGCAGCAGAGACGCAGUGAGGUGGAGGCAGUGCGUAGAGUGGUGACGGAGCUCAACCUGUCAGUGGUGGAGAUGGGGGUGGAGGAGGGGGGGUCCGGAGGGGCUACCCUGGAGGGCAGCGAUGUGCUCUUCACGGGACGGGAGUUCUUUGUGGGGAUUUCCAAACACACCAACCACAGAGGGGCAGAGGUGCUGGCCGACACCUUUAGGGACUUCGCCGUGUCCACUGUGCCUGUGUAUGGAGGCUUCAGGCUGAAGAACAUCUGCUCCAUGGGAGGGCCAGACACCAUCAUCAUCAGCAACAGCGAAGGGGCUAGGAAGACUCUGCGGAUGAUGGAGCAGCUGACAGACCAUCACUAUGAGGUGCUCACAGUCCCAGAGGACGCGGCAUCCAACUGCGUGUACGUCCGUGGCUCAGCUAAAGUGGACUACCUGCUCCACCCAACAGCUGAGGAAUGCCCCAAUAGUGUGACUGCCUUCCAGAAGCUUCCAGACUACACCCUCCUCCCUACAGCCUGCAGUGAGGCCUCGAAGCUCGGUGGCUCGCUCUCUUCUUUCUGCCUUCUGAUCAACAGAAAGCCCCAUGCAUACUAACAUACUGCACUAGCAUACUCUCAUAACACACAUACACACCCAGUAUGACUCACAUUACACAACUAAUUCCCUGAAAAACAAAAUCAGGGCAUCUCCAACCAAACUUAUGUCCCACUGUCUUUCCCAAGCUGAUAGACAGUACACUAGCACAUAUACACUGUGUGAUCAGUUGAGAAAUAUUCACCACUUACAUUUUUAGCUUGCAGCUUUAGUUGUCUCCCCUUGGGGAGCUACAUACUGCUGGGCCAGCACAGCACAGCUGCUAGGGGGUAGUGGCUGUAGCCAGCGCUGAUUCAUACCUGCGAAUGUGCUUAGUCCAAGGGCCUGGGGACAGCAAAAUACAACCCCCCCCAGAAAAAAAUUCCAAACAUCUGUGGACGUGCUUAGGUGUCAGUUUCCUUCCUGUGUAAACCUACUUGGAAUGCAUUUCACUUGAAUUUUUUACAAAAAUGUCCUGUCCACGAAUGUGUUAAGGCGGACAAGAGGUGACCAUGAUUUGUCAAGCACAUUAGAGGUCAUUGAAAACGUGCACCUUUUCUUUCACUUCUCCCCUAGCUUUGUCUAAGGUGCCUAUGCACCAUCCUCUGCUCUUGAGGGCCAUCUGCUGGGAUUUAGACCACUGUGGAGAAGAACUGUACAAGGGACAGAAUUAAUCUGUGGUUUACCAAUGACCUGUCAAUUGUUGAAUUGCUCUUUUUGAAGAAUGUUACUAGGCAUAGGAAACAUCUCUUAAAAGGUGCAAUAUGUACUUUUGGUCCUAAAAAAACACCUAAAAAGCCUGCAGACAUUAACCAUGUGAUCCUGAGGGCAUAAUACAUAUCUUUUAGUAUUCUUUAGCAUUCUGUUUCAGGCCUGUUAUUGCAUUUGUUUACAUCUCUCGGGCCUUGAUAAAUACAAUAUAACAUAACAAAGGCCUAGAAUGUACAUAAAUAUUGGCAAACUCAAAAAUAUUUCCCUGUCCUUGUAGAUUGAAUCAUGAUUGGUCUGUAAUCCUUUCAUUGGGAUGGUAAAAAACGUAUUACACCUUCAGAGAUAUUUUCGCACAGCAUUUUAUAUGGUGACAUUUAUUUACCGUUUAGUCUGGUCUGUAUUUAGUGUAAUAUCAAUUUCACAAGACUUAAUGCUAACCACUAGUCUACAUAUCAGUAAUGAUAUGCUACAGCAUCCACUAUAGGAACAUCAUAAGCAAGUCUGUUGGUCUAAUAGGUGUGUGGAAAUCUGUUUAAGUCUGUAUACACAUGUUCAGUUAAUGUUUGCCCUUUUUGUACAAGUUCUGAACCUUUGUAUUUAGUGUAUAGCUUUUUUUCAAUUUAGAUAAAUUCUCUCCAACA